CUAUGUCAUCUUAUCUUUUAAUUGUUAAGUCUGAACUUCCUGGUGCUGUUGCGGGGUUCUUAAGUGGAGACGAGAGUGGGUCUUGGUACCUUGAUGGGAGACUGCUUCUACUGAUUACUUCAGUCUGCAUUGUUUUUCCUCUUGCGCUUCUUCCUAAAAUUGGCUUUCUUGGCUACACAAGUAGUUUAUCAUUUUUCUUUAUGGUGUACUUUGCUCUUGUGAUUAUGAUAAAAAAAUGGUCGAUCCCUUGUCCUCUACCUCUAAGUAGUGCCACAGAGACUUUACAGGUUUCAAAUUCUACUGGGGAUUGUAAAGCAAGGCUCUUUCAUCUUUCAAAAGAGAGUGCUUAUGCAAUACCAACUAUGGCCUUCUCUUUUCUCUGCCAUACCUCAGUCUUACCCAUCUAUUGUGAGCUCCGAAGUCCAUCCAAAAGUAGAAUGCAGAAUGUAACUGUGAUAGGAAUUGGUCUGAGUUUCCUUAUUUACUUUAUGUCUGCUCUAUUUGGGUACCUGACAUUUUAUG